GAGACAUGCGCCUCCAUUCACCUCAGUCCAGCACGACCAUGACGCCUUAUUGAUGUCCCUCACCGUCAUGUUCGCGCUCAUGCACAUCGAUUUCUAUUCUUUCUUACCAUCGUGAGCGCAACGGAUUCAUCGGCUGUCGAAGCCUCGAAGUGGCCUCAACAUGGCUGUCGCCGAUCAACCGUCGGCCUUGAUGGACAUCGCAAGCUCUCUUACCCAGGAUGAGAUUCCCUUUAAGCUGCGAUGCGCCAUCUGCAAUAAGCUUGCAGUGAACGCCUUCCGCCUACCGUGCUGCGACCAGGCUAUAUGCGAAAACUGCCAAGCGUCUUUGCCGGAAAGCUGCCCAGUCUGCGCGCACACGCCUAUCUCUCCCGACCUCUGCAAGCCGAACAAAGCUCUCCGUACUACUCUGAAAGCCUUCUUGCGCACGGAGGAGAAAAAGCGGGAGAAGGAAAGGUCUUCAGCCACACCAGCGACGCCAGCUGCCGAUCUUCCUGUCGAUACAACCCCUUCACAGGCGGAAGCCCAGACGGCUCCACCUCCAGUUGACCAGGCGGAUGCUGCCGAUCAGCCAGUAAAAUCAGCAUCGGAUGCUGAAACGAGACUGGAGGAACAAGCAGCUGAAGUUCCCCAAUCGGAAAGCACUGCUGCAGCUGUAGCUGAGUCCAACGGCGAUCAGACAGAAGCUGAAGUCGAGAAACCGCAGGACCAAAAUGGCGUUUCUACCGCUGAAGGUGACGCCGGGGAUGGAACCGUGGUCGAGGGAGAUACCUCCGACCAGACGACCAACGCGGUGGAUACGGAGCAGGCAGACGGUCCUCAACAGGAAAACAUGCAGUUUCCGGGGGCGGUACCAAAUGCUAUGGGAUUCGAUAUGAGUAAUGGUGGAUUUCCGAAGAUGGGAUGGAAUGGUACUGGCGAUUUCAACCCUGUGGCACAGUUUAUGCCCGGUGGAAUGUUCAAUUUCCAGAACUCUAUGGGAAUGCCCGGGAUGGCGAUGGACCCAAUGGCCGCGAGUCAGGGGAUGUUUGGAGGCUACGGGAUGAACAUGAAUGGCAUGAGCAAUGGCAUGAACAUGGGAAUGAAUUUUAACGCUGGUCAAGGGAUGUAUGGAAGCUGGGACGGUUCACAAAACAAUAUGUGGAAUGGAGGCCCAGAUAAAUUCAAUCCAAAUGCAUUCGCGAAUGGCAUGGGCCCCGAAUUCGGUGGUCCCUCUGGAUUUGGCGGAUAUAAUCACGGAAACUAUCAGAUGCAACAACAAUUCCCUAACCAAGACUUCCAGAAUGGCUUUUAUGGCCCUGGAUAUGGCCGAGGCGGUGCCCGCGGCCGUGGCCGUGGUUUCUUCCAAGGUGGUCGGGGUCGUGGUGGCUUUGGUGGUUAUAUGCAGGCUAAUUACCCAACUCACGCUAAUCCCUCAGUCUAUCCGAACCAGCAAUCUCCUAGUGUUCAGCAGCAGAAUGGCUUGUCGGGGCAGCAAGACACUCCAAAUGGCCCCGGCUCAGUGACCUCUAGUGUUGCGAAUAAUAAGAAAUCUAACGAUGAACUUGCCACAACAGGCGAGAACGAGUUUAGUGAAGACCAGACUAAGGACACUACUGAUGAAGCAGCCGGAGAUGCGAAGGACGUGUCAUCCGAAACCAAAGACGCAUCAGCGUCAUCUGCAGACCAACCGUCUACAGAGGAGCCAGAACUUCGUGGUAUACCAACUAUUGAUAGUAUUGAACAGCCCCCAUACGGUCCAGGUAUGGCCCCAGGUUUCACAGGGUUUGCGGCACCGACGGGACCAGGCUUUGGUAGGGGCGGGUUUCCCAUGCGCGGAGGCUACCCAGGUGGUCGAGGAGGCGCCUUUAUGAACGGCCUGACACCGGGAGGACAUCAGCCUAUAGUCCCGAACGAACCCAGAGGCCAAGGUGUUGCAGGUGCCCCGGCAGCGCCUAGGGCCAUGAGAGAAGGCUUUCCUAAUACAGGAAUCCGUGGCAGAGGUUUCCAUAUCCAGGGACGAGCCUCUUUACCGCUGCAAAGAUCAGGGGAGGAUUCGAGAAGUGUCACUCCCGCAACCCGCCAGGGAGAGUCGCAGGCGCAGUCGAAAGCCGGAUCGAGAUCGCCAUCGAGAGCGCGAGAAAGAUCCGGAUCCAGAUCUAGAUCAAGGUCCAGGUCCCCAUCUCGCCAACAGUCGCGGGGUCAUCGUCAUCGUCGCCGAUCUGAAAGCAUAUAUGCCAGCGAUGAGGAUCGAGAGCGUCGGCGUGAGCGCCAUCGGAAGAAGUCCCGUCGCGAUGAUGAAGAGGAGUUGAGACCGGUUCGCGAGAAAGACACCCGCUCACGUUCACGUUCUCUUGAGUCCACAAGGAGAUCUCACCGUCGAGACAGGGAUAUAGAUCGAGACCGAGACAGGCACCGUUCUCAUCGAUCCCACCGUCAUCGCAGCCGCAGUCGAAGCGCCGACCGAAAGGGAGAGUCCCGGCACAACGAUCAGUAUUCCGUCGCGCCUGAAGAGAAUGGGGCCUCUUCUCGGGAAAAGACCUCGCUCUCUGGAGAACCGCGCGACCUCACUACCCGGAUCAGUAGCAGCUAUCGAUCUGGAAAGGAGCGUUCCAGUCGUCGCGAAGACGAACGGGAAAGUCGACAUCAUGACCGCGACCGCGAUCGCGAUCGUGAACGCAAUCGUGAUCGGGAUAGACCCCGAGACGGGGACCGGGACAGGGACCGGGAGCGAGGUCGAGAUCGAGAUCGAGAGAAGGAUCGUAAACGCUCACGUCGGGACCGUUCUGAAUCCCCUGCUGAUAGCGAGUACUCCCGACACCACUCACGGCGGACCAAACGCCAUCGGGACGAUUCUCGUGUUGGAAACCGAGAUCGCAACGGUGACAAGGCCGCGAGGCCUACCGAAUCAGAAAAGGACCCGCAUACUCUGGAGCGCGAGGCACGCAAUCGCGAGCGGUUGCUGAAAGAACAGCAACGACGGGAAGCCAUGGUCGCGGAGCGCGACGGCAAGAACGGCAGAAGACGUCAGAGCAGGCCUGAAAGAGGCCUCACCGGCGGACGGAGACUGAGUUACAAGUACGAGGAUGAGGAGAGUGAUCGGACUCGGGCAGCACGCAUCGAGGAGGAAAGAGAGGCUGCUAGAUGGGAUUAAAAGUUUGGCUUUAAUCGUGGCAUAGCAUGUGCAUUGCAGCAUGCGUCUAGCGCAGCCAUCUUACGAGAAUAUGUCGAUAUCCUCGAUGGGAAGAAUGGACUUCCCCCCGGCCUUUCUCGGUAGUGAGGAGUCAGGAGCCUGGUCUCAAAGAUUCCCUUUUGCCAGCAUGUUUCACUUUGAUCCGGUCCAUGUACUUGCACAACGCAAUGCCGCGGCUACUGGUAUGCAUUUAGAUAGAGUCUGUCAAUAUCCACGGGACCUUAGGUGAUAGAAUAUAAUGCGAGGAUCAGCAUCAUAGAGGAAUGAGAGAGUGUGAACCAAUACAAAGUCAGAAU